UCCUGCCGCUGACGCCCCCGAGGGAGCCCCCCUUUUAAAAUAAAGCGGCGGCCGCGCGGCGGUAGGAGGGGGGUGUGCGCUGGGCUCGCUCGGUCCCGCACACCGGCCGGACAGAGAGACAGACAGGACAGACAGAGCGCCACAGGAUGCCCGCAGCUUCCGCGGCCAGGGGCUGAAGCGGGCGGGGGACGAGAGGUCGCGAGGGGAAGGAGAAGGAAGGCGGGAGCCGAGCGCCUGGAGGGUCUCGCACCCGCUCCGAGGAUGGCGCCGGUGAGCGAGCAGCUGGAGCCGCAGGGCUCGGGGGGAGAGCCGGCCGGAGCGACCCCCCUGCCCGGCCCGCCGGCGGGCCAGGAGCCGCGGCGGGAGAACGGCGGCGAGUGGUGCCCCGGCAGCGGCGAGAGCGGAGCCCAGCCCCGGGCGGCGGCGGAGGGCCCCGGGAGCCCGGGCUGCCCCGGGAGCGCUGCGGCGCCGGAGCCCCCCGAGGGCGGCUGGGGCUGGGUGGUGAUGCUGGCCGCCAUGUGGUGCAACGGCGCCGUCUUCGGCAUUCAGAACUCGUGCGGGGUCCUCUUCGUCUCCAUGCUCCGGCUCUUCGGCAGCAGCGACGACAAGCAGCUGGUCUUCAAAACAGCAUGGGUGAGCUCUCUUUCUAUGGGAAUGGUCUUCUUCUGUUCCCCAAUAGUCAGCAUAUUCACAGACCUGUUUGGCUGUCGAAAAGUAGCUGUUAUUGGAGCUGCAGUAGGACUUGUUGGACUCCUUUCAAGUUCUUUUGUAAGCACCAUUGAACCCCUGUACUUCACCUACGGGAUCUUGUUUGCCUGCGGCUGCUCGUUUGCCUACCAGCCAUCCCUGGUCAUUCUGGGCCACUAUUUCAAGAAGCGCCUUGGGCUGGUGAAUGGCAUUGUCACUGCAGGCAGCAGCUUGUUCACAGUGUCCCUGCCCUUCCUCCUGAGGGUCCUCAUUGACUCUGUGGACCUCUACAACACCCUGCGCGUCCUCUGCAUCCUAAUGUUCGUUCUGUUCCUGGCUGGGUUUACGUACAAACCUCUCGUUCCCAACACCAAAGACAAGCAGGGAGGAAAGAAGGGAAAAUUCAAAUUGCCUCCUGCCAAAAAGAUUUGCAAUUUCUCCGUUUUCAAAGUUCUCAGUUACCGAAUCUGGGCUUUUGGGAUCCCAGCUGCACUUUUUGGAUACUUUGUGCCUUAUGUUCACUUGAUGAAUCAUGUAAAAGACAGAUUUGGUGACAGUGUGCCAGAAGAAGUGCUUCUGCUAUGUCUGGGCAUUACUUCAGGAGUUGGCAGAUUGGUCUUUGGCAGAGUUGCAGAUUACAUUCCUGGUGCAAAAAAAAUAUAUUUACAGGUGGCCUCAUUCUUUUUUAUCGGGCUGAUGUCUAUGAUGAUUCCCCUGUGCAAUGUCUUUGGAGCUCUUGUUGCUGUGUGUCUCUUCAUGGGCCUGUUUGAUGGGUGCUUCAUUUGCAUCAUGGCUCCCAUUGCCUUCGAGCUCGUGGGCGCUCAGGAUGUCUCCCAGGCCAUCGGAUUUCUGCUUGGGCUCAUGUCAGUGCCUAUGACAGUUGGUCCACCCAUUGCAGGUUUGCUGCGGGAUAAGCUUGGCACCUACGAUGUGGCAUUUUACCUGGCUGGAGUCCCUCCCCUCAUUGGAGGAGCUAUUUUGUGUUUCAUCCCCUGGGUCCACGAACGGCAGAAGUUGAAAGAGAGAGCAAAACCUGUUGAUGGAGAAACUACUGAGAAAAUGCUGGAAAACGAAAGCACUUUGGUGUCAGACACGACAGAAAAGCCAGUCAAAGAACUGGAUUCUGGCUUUUGAUGCCUUUUUCUUUUCCCUGUACCAUCCUGACCUCCUCCUACUGAAGCUAGAUUUCUACUUUUUGGCUGAAGAUAUUAUAUGAUACUGAAGUCUUGAACUAUUGCUCAAAUUGCAAAACUGCUACAAGAAUCUUUUAUACCAUUGAACUUUUUUGACAAGUCUUUGAAUUUGAUUUCAAGCCACAUUUUCAAGGUAUUUGAAGUUUUGUAGCUUUAGUGUGUACGUGAAUAGUGAUUCUGUGUGUGAAGAGAAUAUUUUUCUAAUCCAUCAGGACUGAUUUCUGGAAAUGUGAAAGCUGUUUUUCCUUCAUUGACCUGGGAUUUUGCAAUGAUGUCUAUGAUCCAUCCUCUGCAGGCACACCCCUGAGUGUUUAUACUGGAUAAUGUAGUAGCUCUUAUGACUGAUCUGUUUUUUUGAAGUUUAUCAUGCUGUUUACAGUCUUUUAUAAUUCUCUAUUGUGAACACAAAUACGCAUCCUUUUGCUGAAAUGAUUGUUUCAUUAGAAAGCUAAAUUGUUAUAUAACUGUUGAAACACUCACUUGUGUUUGCAUUCACCUUUCACAGUAGCCCAAAGAACAUUAACGAUGGCAUUUUUGAUGGGCUCAGGUUUUGAAUACGUGCAAACCAAGCUCCAAGUGCAAACACAUUCAGAAGUUAAGCUGCUGAAUAAUAGAUUUUUUUAUUACUAUUAUUGUUAUUAUUAUUUGGUGAAGGCAAUACCCUUAAGGUGUACGUGUAUAAAUCUUUUUUUCAGCCAAACCUCAGAGUAGUGGAUAGUUUUAAAACUGUACUGACUAAUUCUUUGCAGCAGUAUUGUGAAUUAGACUAAAUUUUAAAGUAUUCCAUUGUACUUGUUAGGAUUUCCUUUUUUUUUUUUUUGCUUCAUAAAGCCAAGACAACUUUAAAGGAUACAUUCUAAGUGCAAUACCAAGUUGUUUUUAAUGUGGAAAUAUACGUGAGCUAUUAAAACAACAUUCAGCAAUUAAAGAUUUUUGCACUAAGUGAACAUGCAGGUUUAUUACAUGUCUUUAUAGCUGUGCUCAAUUGCCUAUAGAUUAUAUGGCUCCAUAUUUUAUUCAAAUAUAAAGAAAUGUCUUUUCAUGUCCUACUUCUUGCUUAACAUCUUAAACAAAUGGCCCCAUUGCUUAUGUAUUCUUAGGUGUUAUACACUGUCAAGCAAGUAACCUCUUUUUCUGAAAAAUGUUUAAAAGCAUAAUACUUUGAGAUGAAAACACUGCCUUUCAGUUGAUCAUAAAACACUUCUAAGCACAUUGCUUGUCUGUGGAUAUGGUUCAGCAAUCACUGGAAUACUUAAUCAUUCUUUAUUUCAGGUCCAUUCAAUACAAAUAAUUUUUGUUGCCUCAUUUAAAACUGUCAUAGCAGAGUAAACUAAAUGUGAUCUGAACAAAAUGCGUAUUUAAGUGCUUUUUUUAAUUAGUAACUGUUCUUUACAUAAACCAUGGAGGCAUACUGUUCCUCUUUUUUUUAAAUUAUAGCCUUUGCUAUCUUUUCUAUUUUCAUUCUUCUUUUUCCAGUGUUGUUGUAAAUUGCUCAGAAAACCCAUAUAAAACAGCAAUACUAUUGCAUUUAAUGUUUACAUUUAGCAACUGACAGAAAUUCUUUAAAUAUAAUCAUGCAAAGCAUUCUAAUUAUUGUAGACCAAAGCUCAGGCUUUUUUUAUGUUGCAGAAUUUCAAUCCCCUUUGCAUGAGUGAGGUCUAAAAGAAUUUAAUUUUAAAAUGUUAGAGAGACAUAUGUGGAGGGACUUGGAGGUGGGGGGGAGGCUAACCUGGAAAACAGAAGUCCCUUCAGGUUCACUGGGACUUGUGCUUUGGCACAUUGUAAGUACUUCUAAAAAUGUCCUUAAAUUAUGCAUAGUAGUGUUAAUUAAAAUUACUACCUUCAUUACAAAAGUGAUGCUGACAGCCAAUGCUGCUCUUGUCUGGAGUGUUUCUGUCGAACAUGAUUAUUCAGUAUUAUUUUCCAUUCAGACAACACAGAAGGUGUUGUUGGCUAAGUGUUGGUAAAAGACUCUCGUUUCCUGUUGUUCUGUAAUGAAAAAUUAGUGUUCAUCAUAGAUCUUGCAUUUCGUGUGUUUUUAGCCCUGAAUUUUAUACCAAAAGCAAAGCUGCUGCUUUUUUUAUCACUGAUGCAAUUUGAAAUGAUUGAGACUGGGAAUCUUGGUGUAAUUAUGGCAUCUUUCCAACUUGCUGCUCUGCAACUUUAAAUUAUCUGGGAGAGUAUAUAAAAUAAUAGUUGUAAAGAUUUAUAAAUGGCAUGGGAAUAGUAUAUCAAGAGUGUGGAUUAAUUAUUGCCAUGCUGUUAAAAAAAAUUAAUCCAAACUCUCAUAUUUGCAUAAAAUUUACAAAAAUCCUCAAACCCACAAACCAAAAACUGCAAGAACCAUGACCUCCAUGAGGAAGGUAUGGUGGCUAAUUGUUUAGGAGUGAUUCCUAUGGUAAAACCAGCUAAUGAGUGGGAUGUUGGAUGAGAGGGAAGCAGAGUUUAGGAGAAAGGAAGCUCUGCUGGUGUGAUGGUGUUGGAAUAACAAACCCAGUUCUGAGGCAGUGCUUGUUUUGCAACAAUGCUAAAAUUGGAAAGGGUUUUCAGAGAAGGUAAAGCAAAUUACUGUUCAAGAACUCUAUUAGCAUCUUUUGUUAGCUUGUAUCUGUGGGGGAAAUGUCCAGCAACAAAUGCUCUUUUCUGGACAAAAGCUAGGUAAGAUGAAGAACAAGCUCAGAUUGUUUGUGCUGAGGCUGACCAACCACUGAGAAACUUAUUGAGAGAGAUACUAGAUCCUGUAUGCCCAGAGGUUUUAAAAAUGAGAUUAUUUAUUAUUUAUUAUUUUUAAAAAACCAAAUCAAUCCCUCAAACUAAAAAUGUGACAAACCCUACACUAAUAGCAACUAUUUAGUAAAUUUAUUUUUAAAAAUAUUGUAGAAAUGGAGAAAAUUACAGAAUGUUCAAUUUUAUUUUAACUGAAUAAAUGCAAAUAAGACUUUGUGACAGUUUAUUUUUAGGUGUGAAAACCUGUUCAUGGGAAACGUGCUGUAAAUCCUGUUUUGAUGACCCAAAUCAUGCCAGCCUUAAUCUUGUUGGGGGUUGAUUCUAAAAUAGUAGCUUAAUUCAAGAAAACCCGUAAAUCACUCUGAUAUAUCCCUCUCUUGAGAACAGUUUCUAUAGACAUUAUUCUUGUAUCCUAUAAGCAGAGUAAUCAUCUUUUCAUUGAAUGUUCUCAGGGUAAAUCUUCAGAAGAAAAUGAGUAGGAAGAGGUUCACUUAAACGACAGCAUCACGAAGGACAGGAAAUUUCACACUGGCAUUUUAAUACACCAGAUAUUGAACCAAUACUAAUUCUGAGCAAGGCUUUAUACUUUUUCAGUAGGUAUGAGAUCCUUUUAUUCUUUAGAGAACUGUUCAGCAAAGAGUCUGAAAUAAUGGAAAACCCUUUGGGUUCUUAAUUGCAUCUCAGCUAUGCAACAGGAUCCAAUGUAUAACUAAUAAAGUAUUGUUGGAUAUGUCUUGGCUACUUUUGAAGACCUGUACAAAUCUCAAAGCCAGACUUCAAAUUAUAACUUAGUUACAGUUUCUUGCAUCCUGGUGUUUGUCUGCUCAGCAUUAGCAUUUAAAAGGUUUUUCUAAUUUUAUUUCCAAUGGCAAUUUAUUGUCCCUGAAAAUUGCCCACGUGAGUCAAAGUUGCUGUAGCUGCCACUGUAAAGCAGAAGUGCCCUGCUCAGUUCCUUGCCUUGGGUUGUACAGGUGCUGCUAAAGGGACAGGAGGUGCUUCCUUGCAGCCACCAAAGGUCUGUGUCAGGUUGGGAAUCAGUGCUCCAUCCUUCAGGUCAUCCUUACAGGUCUGGGCUCUCUCUGCCUGUGCUGGCACAGGGCAGUUCCCUGCCUUGCUGCUUGCAGAGGGGCUCAGCUGUGCCCUCUGAGCUGGGAGCAGAGGCAAUGCUUGGUCUGGGGCCCAGAUUCCUCCUUGGAGAGCUGGAAGUGUUGCAGACGUCAGAAAGGACCCUCUGCUAUUAAGAGUGUGUAUCUAUAAAUACAAUGUAUUUUGACCAGGGUGUGCACAAACAUGUUGCAUUUCACUAGAGGAGGUGUAGUUCUGAAAUGUGAGAGAUGGCUGAAGAAAAGGUGAUCCCCUCCUUUGUGUGCCUGCCUGUUGACAAGCACAGCACCAGUAGAGAUCCAGCCAGCCAGUGAGUUUCUGGUCAUGUAAACUUUGGCAUAUGUGCAGUAUGCCUUCCAGUCUAUAUAUAUCUUGUGUCAACAGCUGUAAUGUUUUGAAAGUGCAUAUGCUAAGAUUAGAGUGAUUUUAUACUAAAAUGUUUGCUAAUAUUGACAACACUGACAUGUUUAAGUAUCUUUGUAGGCAUCAUAUUUUGUAUGUUGUUUUUGAUAUUAAAGGGUACAUGUUUUGCUAGCCUUAACUCCAGUCUUUCAAAUUCUGCUUUGUUAGAAGGGUAAGAAAUGAAUGUUUAAUAUUUUUUGUGGUGCUAAAGGAACUGUGAUCAGUCUCAAAUUAUUCAGAAUAAAGAUGGUAGUUCCC